CAGCAAUUAAUUGGAUACGAUGUCGGGAUGUUCGUUUCUCUCAUCUGCUACUUAGAAAGACAAAGGGCCGACGGGGGGCUGUUGACACCUCCGUGUCCGGCUGGGGUAUAAAUGAGGAGCCUCCGCAGGACGACCAGCAUUCACUUUCCUGCUGCACUCGGACCAUCGCCUUGAUUUCUGGAAAGGAUCGAGAUCUUUUUUCACCCAUUUUCAACCCGAAACAAGCGUCGGUCAGAAUGCAGGUGCCCAACAGACCGGUGGGAGCUUAUGGAUACUCAGUGCGUAAUUACGCACCGGCACCGCUCUACCCGCAGUACCAGGGGACGACGAAGCCUGCCAGCGGGAAAUCUUUCACCAUCGACGCUUUGCUCGCCAAGCCGGCGAGCGCAACCAGCUGCCGGGCGAGUCCUCCCCCGUGCGGAGAGAAAUGCCAUCCGGGAUACCCGGUUCUGCCUCUCGCCGGACACGCGGGCUUACCGAUGGCUGCGUCACCUUACGUCUACUCUCCAAACAUGUUGCACUCCGUGCUCCACGCGCAGCCCGGAUACUCGGUCUACUGCUGCCCACCUUUCUCCUACACGUCCUCGUGUCGCGGAGCAUUUUACGCACAAGCUUCCAUGUCCAAAGUGAACGCCGGGCUGCAUGCUUUCAAAACUAAAGGUGGCAAGUCGAAACGGAUGCGCACCAGCUUCACCAGCGAGCAGCUCUCCCGGCUGGAGAAGGAGUUCGCGCGGCAGCAGUACAUGGUGGGGUCGGAGCGGUUCCUCCUGGCCUCCGCCCUCCAGCUCACAGAAGCUCAGGUCAAAGUCUGGUUUCAGAACCGACGCAUCAAGUGGCGCAAACAGAGUCUGGAGCAGCAGCAGGCCAAGCUGGCCAAGCUGGGCCUGGCCGCCCCGCUGAAAAGCCCCGGAUCCGAGGGCCAGGGGGACGAAGUGGAUGAGGACGAGGAGUUCUCCGACCUGGACGUGGACAUUGACGUGUCAGAUGACUCUGCUGAGCACUGCUGACCGGACACCACUGGACUCUUUGAGACUUUUUGUACAUACUGCUGAGAAAAGGGGGCCUGUGUCUCCAAAUACGGAUAUUUAAUAGAUUUAUAGUUAUAUAUUUAAAUGUUCUUGCUCUUUGAUAAACUCACUUUGCCUGUUUGGUACAUUUGAAUGACAUGAUUAAAUAUAUUUUAUGACAUUAA